AUUUUUCUUCUUAUUUCAUUUCUCUGCUUCUCAGCUCAACGGUUCUCAGUUUCUCCGACUUCGCUCUUCCGCGUCUCUGAGUUUUGAAGGUUUUGAACACUUGUACGGAUAGACUAUAUUUGUGAGGUAAAAAAAUAUUAAAAUAGCAGUGUCGUGCCGGAGAAAGUCAAUUAAUCUAUCAAUCAAGAUGCCUCAGUCUGAUGAUAUUGCGGCGGCACAAGCACGUUAUGAUGGUGAGAGGGUUGAAGCUCAAGCAAUGCAUAGGAACCAAUCGGCGUGGAUGGCUCAUUGGAAGCAAACAGAUUAUAAAUCAACAACCCCUGCUUGCAAUCGUUUAAGGAUUGAUAGUGAGGUGAAAGAAGAAAAAGAAGACAAUGGCGCUGAGCAGCGUGAUUUACUUGGUGGCUUAGAUAGUUCUAUGCACGCUGGAGCAGUUGGAGAAGCAGCUAGGGCUACAAGUGUUACCUUCACCAAUGAGGCAGACGAUGAAAAAUCAAAGAAAGCAAGCAGUGAUUCCAAAUCAUUUCCUACAUUCAAAUUUUCUCGAAAGUUAGAUGGAGGAUUGUCUCUGCAGAGGGAACAGCACGACAGGGAAGGUGGAAAAUCUGAAACUGAACCCUGCUCUGGAGAUGAAGAUGACAAUAUUUCUCUCAACAGAACUGGGACUUCUGGAGCAGGCUUAUCAUCAACAUCUGCACAUGCUUCUCCUAAAAUAGAAACACUAGUAAAAGAGUGUCAAGUAUUGUCUCAAGAAGUUUUACCGACAGCUCUGCUAAUGAAAUCUCCUUGGGAUGUUGAACAGAAGAACCUAGCUGUUUCAACAUCACUAUGGAAUGACUUUGUAAAAUCAGAUUCUGACAUAGUGCCAAAUAGAUGUGACAAAGGGAAAACUGUGAUACCCCAGUUCACCCAUGAACCUUUUGAAAUUUGUCAAUCAAGCUACAAUUUAGCAUCCAGAGGGCGAUUCACAAGUACCAAAUAUCAUACCUUUUCGUCUCUUUUAAUCAGCGAGAAGAAAAUGAGUAGCCUCUUAGAUCCUCAAAAAUCUUCUUUUCCGAGAUGGAUGCAAGGUGGUACUGCUCAUUUACCGCAUAAUUCUAUGGCUAGUAGUGAUGAUAGAUAUUUUAUUCGUGGUCAGCACCAUGAGAUUGAAAAAUAUGUUGCUAAUCCAAAUAUUACAUGCCAGACUGAAUCCUUAGAGUCAGCUAAGCCACAAAACCUUUAUGGACUAAGCUCCGUGGCAGCGCAAAUGCCUUGUUCUAUUCAUGAUGUGGGGUGUAUGAAGAUAUACACCGAUAUAGAUUCAGUUGAAGAAUCAUCAAGAGGUCGUCCCAAAAUUUCCCAGACAACUCACCAUUUUCUAAUGUCGAAAAACACUGAUGUUAACUUCUCUGACAGUCAGUCCUUUAGAGAGCCAAUAGCACCUAUCAAAUUCAAGGGAAGUGCUUUCAAUGAGAUCCUUGAUUUUUCUCCACCCACAAAUGGCCAUGCUCUGAAAGGUCUGAAGCUGGAAGCUCUAGGGAGCUCCAUGAAGAGUGAAGUAAAGGAAAAUGUCCAAGAUUUCAAAUAUCCAACAUGCCUGAAGAAUGAAUCCUCUGCUGAAACAGAUACUAUGGACAUCAAUGCUUUACAUAAGAAUAAUCUUCCUGGUGAUGUUCCAUUGCAAACAAAUAAGUGCUCCAAGGAUAGUCAAAACUCGCGUACGUCUCAAGGUGCAACAAUUUCUGCUAGAGAGAAAACUAUAGCAAAAUCAGUGAAUACAACAAUACCAGAUAUAAACCAAGAGCCUCAGGAGCUUCUUGCCGAGGAAAGUCCUGUGGUUGACAGGGAGACUAGCACAUCAAGAACCCACAGCCUUGAUUUGGAUCACUUUCUUUCUCAUUCAGAUGAGCAUGCAAGGUCAAGUUCUGGAAAUAGUACUUUAAGAAUAGACCCAAGCAGCAGAUGGGUCAAAAGACUCAAGUUGUGCACAUUGGGCUCUGCUCAUGGUACUGGGAGUACAAAAAUUGGAGAAACUUCUUCACAUGAAAAAGUUAACAAUAUAUAUGGCAAAAUUAUGAAAGAUAGCAGAACUAGUCUGGAACCCAAAAUGGUACAUCAUGCUGAAGGACAGAUGGUACCGGAUCUACCUGCAACAGUAUCAACAAAUGGCAAGUCCUCUUUGACUGAAGCAAAGAAAACUGUAGAAAUUACCCUUUCACAUCCCUGGAUACAGAGAUGGAGUCAUGAUCGUGCUACAUCUUCCCGAAAGAGGCAUGAAUUAGGGGAGCUUCAUGAACCAAAGUCUUCAAAUACUGUGCUAGAAGAGUUUCAAAAGAAACAGUUUCCAAGCAUUGCUGCCAUGGCCAUGAUGGGAAAAGCAAUGAACAGUUUGAAUCCCUCCGAGCUUACGAAAAAGGGACCUGUGAUAGUUUGGAAUAUGAAGGGAUUUUGAAAUUGUUGGCCGUUGGUGAUAUCAAUUUUUCAUGAAGUUUAUGGUGGGAGAUUCUCAGGAUUAGUUUGAGAGGAAUACAUGUAUGACAUUAUGGAUGCUUACUUCUGUACUCGAAGUCAUGCGGAGAAGUGAGAAAUGCUCGGGGUCAUGUGUAUGCCACAAUCAUGUUGAAUAGUUGCUUAUCCCAAUUCCUUGUUUUUCUCUGAUUUGGCAUAAUUGAAACAAAUAUAAGCGGUGCAUGCAUCUGAAGAAGUUAUGUAUCGGGGCGUGCAUUUUUUGUAUGUAAUGUAUAUACUUAUGCAAUAACUCAGGAAGGGGGCAAUGUCUCAAGACGGGUUGAAUCCUGUCUUACCAACCUAGUCAUAUUGCCAAGUUAAGCAUAUAUUAAUAGCGUUAAUAGUAAGGUUUGAUGGAAUAUCUUGUUGAAGGAGUUUCAUAUACGAUUGUGCACUUUUUGGUUGAAUUUUUCAUUCGUGAAUAGCUUCCUCAAUGUGAUGAUUUCUGCUACUUUUUGAGCUGAAAGUUCAAUAGCAAAACUGGAUUAUAAAGCUCAUCUGCUGGGGAAAAGAGCAGGGUUUGCAAGGAAGUUUGUUUGCCUGGUGCGAACAAGCUGUUUCGAACAGAGUUGAUUUUUGCAUGAUUUAAUUUACUAUUGUCUAGGGAGGACCAAGGCACCAAGCAAAGGUGACAAGCACAAUGUAUCCCUAAUCCGAAAGGAGAUAUAUAUAACCAAAUUUGAAUCA